AUGGGCACCACCCAGCUGAACAUAUCAGAUCCUACGCCCCUUCAGGAUGGAUCGUACGCACAUGCGCUAGGCUCACUAAGGUCUGACCAGUCUUUACAUAUGGACGAUAUUAAGAGGUCUCUGAUUUCCAAAAUCCAGACAAACAGAGGGCUCUUCAAAGGAGAAGUCCAAUGGUGCAGCAACUUAUCGCUAGAUGACUGGAAGACACAUUGUCUGGAAAUUGACAAAGCUGGUGGGCUUUGCCACGCGGUAAAUCAGGAGAGCAUUGCAGAUUUGUCUGGUACUACCGCAAGACCUGCAAAUUCCAGCAGGCCGAUCAUCAAGCACCUACAAGCAUGCAAAGUACAGCUGUUGGAAAACUCCGAUGGUGUUCAUCCAGUUCUGAAGAUUGAAACCUACUACUCAACUGUCUAUCUAAGAGUCGCAGAAAGAGACACAUUCCUCGAUUUGUUUUCAGCGGUAAUCUUCUGGAAAAGCUUGAAGGAUAGAGGUAUCUUCAACAAGUGCUCUGUGAUUCAACCUAUUUUCCCACAACAGCAAGAACCAGUGCAUCUGUUGGUAUGCCAAUUUAAUGUUUACUCUCCCAUUCCCAAAAACAAAAAUGUUCCUCUCAAAAGUGGUCUCGCUGAUCCUCCGUUAAUAGACAAUACAGCACCAAUUGAAGAGAUGGGAUGGUACUCUGCUAUGGGUAGGCUAAGCUCAAAUGGUAAACUGGACCUGCUUCUACAAAGCGAUGGCUCUGUGCUGUGGUCGUUCGAUAUUUCAGAGCUAUUACGUUCAGAGAUUCAAAUUUUGGAUCCUUGUCUACUCCAAAACGACAAUUUUCUUUACCUAGGAGUUAUUCCGAAGCUUCGAAAUCAGUUAAAGCUAUCUGAGAAUUGCUUGUUUCACUCUGCCUCGAAUAAAGAGCGGCUUCCUUGGCACGGUAUUCUGCUACAAUUUCCUCUAAGGAUUGAUCUUGAAGACUGGUUUGUGGCACUUAAUACUUUCACCAAAGUUGAAAAUGUAUCAUUGAUUGGAACUGAUAAAUCCAAUGAAUUGAGAAUUUCGAAUCGAUUCAAAAUAUCCAUUCUAGAAGCCGACUUUAGUGCGAUAAACCUUACGAACUAUGACCACGAGAAGCAAGAGGAAACUCCAUCCGAAUUGUAUGCCGAGAUAUCGAUAUGGGAUCAUUGCUGGGCAAGAACGUCGAUUGUAUCCGAUUCUAAGUUUCCUUUCUGGCGCGAGGAAUUCGAUUUCAACUUUUCUGUCAAGACUUCGCCUGUAUGCAUCACAGUCAAACUAGCUGUUGACGGAGAAAGAAAGUACUCGGCUUACGACAAGACGUUAGGCGCAAUUGAAAUAACACAGGAAAUGAUCAACGAUGGAAGUCUGAGUGCCGAAACUAGGGUUCCGAUUUUUGACGUCGAAAAUAAGCACUUUCAGUUGGGCACCUUAUGCAUUAAAGUGGCUUCAAGUCUGAAUGCAAUUUUGCCGUCAGUAAAUUUCACCAAAUUAGAAUCUAUGCUCUGCCGGAUGAGCCUCACGAAAAUGACAGACUAUCUAUAUGAUAUGUCAAUUGCAGAAUAUUUGAAGCUUGAAGAUUUGUCAGUGGUCUUUCUAGACAUCUUUCAAACUUUGGAAAGGACAAAUGAUUGGUUUCAGGCUUUAAUCGACAAGGAAUUCUCCAACUUAGAUAAUUCCAUUUCUAAGAACACUACAAAAAAUCUCUCUUCUGCCAACAUCUACAGUUCUCUCUUCAGAGGCAACUCAAUCCUUACCAAGUCGAUUGAAAGAUACUACCAUCGUAUCGGACAAGAAUACCUUGAAAAAGCAAUCGGGGGUGUGAUACGAAAGGUUGUUCUCUCGGAUAUGUGUCUCGAAUUAGACCCCAACCGAAUAAAGGAAGCCAACAUCCAGCGGAAGCAAGAAAUUUUAGAAGGAAACUACUCGCGCCUUCUUAAAUUAGCAGAAGAACUUUGGUCGCGCAUUUAUAGAACAAGCAACGACCUACCAUAUGGGAUUAAAGAACAACUUAAGGCUUUCCGGAAAAACUUGGAAGUAAUUUACAAAAACGAUGAGCUCAAAAGCACUUUGAACUGCGUCUCAGGGUUCUUAUUCUUACGUUUUUUUUGCCCUGUUAUUUUAAACCCAAAGCUUUUUCAUAUUGUGGAAAACCAUCCAGAGGAAAGUCCGAAGAGGACUCUGACAUUGUUGGCAAAGGUAAUUCUAAAUCUAUCUAACCUCACGAUGUUUGGCAAAAAGGAACCAUGGAUGACGAGAAUGAAUGAUUUCAUUUUAAAGCACGAAGAUGAGCUAACUGAUUAUAUCGAUAAAGUGACUAAUAAAAAACUCGACUUUUCUCCAAAGGCACUCAAAUUAAGCAGCAGCGUUGCUCGACCUAAAGUUGCGCUUAAUCAAAACUGUCGGAGCGACCUUCCAACUAACCCAUAUCUCAUUGACAAAUAUCUAAGAGAAACAGAGCUGAUUAGCGUUCUAACCAUUUCUAAAAGAGACAAAGAUGAAAGAUUUGCCAUGCCGAACAGUGUCAGCAUGAACCGCCUUUCCAAAGAGCACCCGUCCACUUUGCCCAGUCCCUUAAUUGGCCAAUCCAGCGCGAAUAUCGGGGAGCUAGAAUUCGAAAAGCUCACAGAAAAUAACGCCGAGAUAUUCGGAGAUGACUUAAUGAAAUAUUUAGCAAUUGAAACGCAUGAUAGUGUUGCUGAUGGGACCACCCUAGGAUUUAGAUUUGAAGAAAAAGAUCUUACAAAAACCUUAGAACAAGAGUCCGUACUUCUGUACCACAGGCUUGAGCAUCUCACGGACGUUUUGUCGGACUAUGAGCACCCAAACGAUAUAAUUUUGGGCAAGGCUGAGUUUGCUCUUUACUUGAUUGAUAAUUUGUACUUGGAUGACGACUACAACAUCAAACUUGAUCUCACGGGCACCUUCGCGAAGUAUGACGGCCUAAUCAAAUUGUGCUCCGACUCUUCCCCUUUUAUAAGUCUGCUGAAUAGGCGACAAAGUUCUCCUGUUGGAAGCCAUUUAACGCGCAGUCGGACCGUGAGUCAAAAGUCUAAUUCGAAGUUUGGUAACUCGAAAUCGAGCUCGUUCUCAAGGAGAAAGACAAAGAGAGAAGAAACAAAACCGGAAAGCAAGCAAGGUUUCAAAUUCCUGCGGCUUUUCAAAAAAUAA